AUGGCUACCGUCGACAGGAAGGAUGAGUAUGGGACCGCCAAAUACGACGUGAAUGGACAGGACCAGAUGGACCUGCACCCGAACGACUCGCAAGAUAAUGCGCUUCGGAAGAUCAGAACCGCUGGCAGUGUGGCCAUUCCACCGGAGCUGUUCGAGAAGCUUUAUCUCAAUCCGGAGAGCAAGGUCAAGGACCUUUGCGGUCUUGGCGGCUUUCUACUAUCCCUAACACCACUCUCAUGCUACCUGAUGGACUGGCGCAACACCUAA